AUGCAGGCGCCGGGCGUGCGCACAGCAUGCACUGGGACAGGCUGGGGUGGUCCCCGGGCCCGCUGCGCGCAUGGGUCGCCCCCGGGGCCGCGCUUGGGCCCGCGGAGCGAGCAGGGCCGCGGAGACGGCCGCUGCGAGCGCUACCUCCUGGAGGCGGCCAACACGAGCGCCGGCGCCGCGCCCGCUGCGCUCAGCUGUGCCGACCCCCUCGCCGCCUUCCCCAACCGCUCGGCGCCCCUCGUGCCCUGCCGCGGCGGCUGGCGCUACGCACAGUCCCACGCCACCAUCAUCAGCGAGUUUAACCUGGUGUGUGUCAAUGCUUGGAUGCUGGACUUCACUCAAGCCAUCCUGAACCUCGGCUUCCUUGCUGGAGCAUUCACCUUAGGCUAUGCAGCAGACAGGUAUGGCAGAAUAGUCAUUUACUUAAUAUCCUGUUUUGGCGUUGGCCUCACCGGUGUCGUGGUGGCCUUUGCACCAAAUUUCCCUGUGUUUGUGAUCUUCCGCUUCUUACAAGGAGUCUUUGGAAAGGGGACAUGGAUGACUUGCUAUGUGAUUGUCACAGAAAUAGUUGGUUCAAAACAAAGGAGGAUUGUGGGAAUAGUGAUUCAGAUGUUCUUCACUCUGGGCAUCAUAAUUCUUCCUGGAAUUGCCUACUUUAUCCCCAACUGGCAAGGGAUCCAGCUGGCCAUAACGCUGCCCAACUUUCUCUUCCUCCUUUAUUACUGGGUGGUUCCUGAGUCCCCCCGCUGGCUCAUCACUCGGAAGAAAGGGGAGAAAGCAUUAAAAAUUCUGAGGAGCAUCGCGAAGUGCAAUGGGAAAUAUCUCUCCUCAAGCUACUCAGAGAUCACUGUUACAGAUGAGGAAGUUAGUAACCCAUCCUUUUUAGAUCUGGUGAGAACUCCCCAAAUGAGGAAGUGCACACUUAUACUUAUGUUUGCUUGGUUCACAAGCGCCGUGGUGUAUCAAGGACUGGUCAUGCGCCUGGGCAUUAUUGGUGGCAACCUCUACAUCGACUUUUUUAUCUCGGGAGUUGUGGAGCUGCCUGGGGCCCUCUUGAUUUUACUAACCAUCGAGCGAGUUGGACGCCGCCUCCCCUUUGCAGCAAGCAAUAUAGUGGCAGGAGUGGCGUGCCUCAUCACUGCUUUCUUACCAGAAGGGAUACCAUGGUUGAGGACCACAGUUGCUACACUAGGACGACUAGGGAUAACCAUGGCCUUUGAAAUUGUUUAUUUGGUAAAUUCAGAAUUGUACCCAACAACAUUACGAAAUUUUGGUGUUUCACUGUGUUCAGGUUUGUGUGAUCUGGGGGGGAUCAUAGCCCCAUUUCUGCUCUUUCGACUCGCAGCCGUUUGGCUAGAACUACCUCUUAUCAUCUUUGGUAUCCUGGCAUCUCUCUGUGGUGGCCUUGUCAUGCUUUUGCCUGAAACCAAGGGUAUUGCUUUGCCAGAGACAGUGGACGACGUAGAAAAACUUGGCAGAUCGUAUUCCUAUAAAUGUGGCAGGAAAAAGAAAAGCCAGGUUCCCAGUUCUCACUUUUGA